CCGGAACUGUAACUGAUAUAGGCAGUCUACUGAGUGGUAAGUCCUACCCUCUGCCAUCUUUCUCCGCCAUCAGCAUGACAACAAGUGGGACCUCCAAUGCUGCACGAGGCUUUGAGGACAACAUAGAUGCUGAGGAAAGGGAUACCAUCAGUUGUUUCGGUGUACCUCAGAGCAUUGUUUGUGAUCAGAAUUCAACCAGCCCGGAUGUUGCCUCGCUUUCAACCCCAUCCACUGUUAACUUAGUCGGUGAUGAUGACUUCACCGGCCUCAUCAGCAUGUUAGUGGUGAGACUUCUGUCAAAAAUACAAACCCAAACUGAUCUGUACCCAACUGACGUCACACGCACGUCACAAGACCUGAUUCCAAAAGUUAUAGCUGCCUUCUGUGCAUGGUCAGGCUGCUCUGAGACCCAAGCUUAUCCCAAGAACCUGAAGAGUCACAAAGUAUACAGCACCGUCUACAAACAUCUGUUGAAGGAGUUUGGCUCAGAGAAAAUACUCCAACUGGCCGUGUCGACUCAGGACUCCACUUUCAAUAGGAUUCUUGUGAAGUCAUUGAGCAAGGAGCUUCUCCACAGUUGUAACGAGGCAUCAAGAGCAGCCUCAAGAACAUCUUUCGAAGCCACCAGGCCAGAAGCUCUUCUCAUGGCUGAUGAUGUGAAGGCUACCAGAGGGAAGCUGUCUUUCCUACAAAGGCUUGCCAGACUGAAAUUCAACUUAAAGCCAUUCAUGAUGGGAAACAAGAAGAAUUCCCGCCAUUCUGAAUCCAAAGACCAGACUACUGCUGAAGAGAUCAUGUUGGCACAUCCUGCCACAUUUGGACUCCCAGAGGGUCUUCCCUCCACCUCUCAACAGGAGAAGCCUCGCAAACGUCCCCUUCUAAUCAGGAUGUUUUCCACCAUCUCCAUAGGCCUAUCCAAGCCAUUCAAACGGUUUUCAAACUUUUACCUUCGACAUCAACAAGCGACGCACGGGCUGGUCCUGCAGACUCCCACGCCCAUGGCCCAGGAGAAGGCUGGGGGCCACCUGCUCACUCACGUCCCAGCCAUCUCCUUUGAGACCGACUCUACUGUGGAGUGCACCUCCAAGAGGACUCCGGAAGAGAGGGACCGGGUGAAGGUUAAACUGGCCAACAUGGCCUUGAUGGGAAGGAUCAAAAGUCUUGGCUGUGAAAUGCCCAUUAUGUGUGAUUAUCGAAUUGAUAAUUUUCCACUUUUGAAACAACAAUGGGAAAGACAGGGUUUAUAGCAAAGGUUGCUCAGAUUGGGCUUUUGGAAAAAUUGGGAGAAUGAAAGUGCACUCCUGAUUCAGAGAGAAAGAUCCAGCUUAAUCAUCCAUACCAUUGUUUAAAUUACAAUAAAAAAACAUUCAAACUGUUCCUGAGUUUCGAAAGACAGAGAAAGGAAAACAUCAUUAUCUUCAGUCUGUUCACACCUGUUCACACAAGUCCUACUGUCCACAAUCUCAGGGUUCUUCAAUACAAACACACCUGUUUCAGAAAACCUGAUCACUUUCACAUUCGAACAAUGUUUGUAGGAUACUUUUCAAUAACUCAAUAAAUGUAAGUGUUGAAACCAUACAUAGCUGGUAACUUGAGCUCGGCAGAGUAGUUUUGACCUGUGUCCAGAUGCAGUCAUUUAUGUUGUCUAAAGGCAAUUUGUCUCUUAUAACAAUGUUAUUUUUCUGAAUAAUCUAAUUUAAUUGACUGGUAGGUAGUCACUAACUAUUUGUAGCAUGUGUUCCUCUGUUUAUUGAUAUUUACAUGGUGUGUAUGUGUUAAGAUGUUAAGUAAUUAAUGUUGAUAUUAUCCAAAGGGUUUUUAACUGAAAUGUUAAAUGUUACAUUUACGCUCAUAUUUGUAAAUGGUAUUUCAAAAAUGGCGGAAUCAAAAAGUAUUGGAAUAGUGACUUGUAUUUUGCAUCUAGAAGUGUAAGAAUUUUAGAAGAAUGCUAUUUCAUCAGUCAAAUGUUGCACUGUUUGAUAAGACAGGGUAAAGAAAACCUCCAUUUUAAUGAGUUUAGUUGUGAGUUUGACAUUUUACCACAAGAAGUCACUAUAAUGCAAAAAAAACUUUCUCAAGCAAUAAUUUUGCUAGGACUGUCUGGGAGUGGUCAGUGUGGAGGGGAAAUUAAAACUAGCUGUUAUUGGCACUCUCAUUGUCGUUGGUCUAUAAACCAAUUUACACAUGGUGAUGUCGCCAUGGAAAGCCAAAAUUCUGGCCCAUGCAAACCUGCUGAUUAGAAGGUGCUGUAUAGAUGUGAGAAACUCUCUUUUCAUGGCACUUCAAUAUCGAAGUGAAUUUUUCGUAGCAGGUUAGGAAACUGAGGUUAAGGUUAGGAAAAGGGUUAGUGAAAAU